GACCGCCCGCUGGCCAGAGCCCGGACCGUCCUCCGCCCUGCGACACGAGCCGCCCUUCGGUCCGACAUCCCCGCGCCGUCGCCGCCGGCCGGCCCGCCCGCCUUCCGUCCCCCCUUGGCCGAGCCUGACCUCCAAAAAGCUGAAAGAAUUAUUAUUGCGAAUCAUAGCCCCAAACUCCCUUCCUUACUCCCAACCUUCAACGAAGAAAAAGACCCAUCAGCCUCCGGCCCGGCGGCGCCCGGGAAGGAAGAAAGAACGACCACCGUACCGCGCCCCGGACUACCCUGGAAGGGAGAAUCCACCCUGAACCGCCCCGCCGCCUCGGAGACCCGAAGCUCUCUGGAGCCCAAGGCUGCCUAUCUUACGUCACCUGCCACUGCCCUUGGUUUGCACUCUUGCCGUGAGCUGACUCGCCACCUAGGAGAGCAAGGACCAUGCAGCUGGAGAUCAAAGUGGCCCUGAACUUUAUCAUCUCCUACUUGUAUAAUAAGCUGCCCCGGCGCCGGGCAGACCUAUUUGGGGAGGAGCUUGAGCGGCUCUUGAAAAAGAAAUAUGAAGGCCACUGGUACCCUGACAAGCCACUGAAGGGCUCUGGCUUCCGCUGUGUUCACAUCGGGGAGAUCGUGGACCCCGUGGUGGAGCUGGCCGCCAAGCGGAGCGGCCUGGCAGUGGAGGAUGUGCGGGCCAAUGUGCCUGAAGAGCUGAGCGUCUGGAUCGACCCUUUCGAGGUGUCCUACCAGAUCGGUGAGAAGGGGGCAGUGAAAGUGCUGUACCUGGAUGACAGCGAGGGCUGUGUUGCACCAGAGCUGGACAAGGAGUUCAAGAGCAGUUUCAACCCUGAUGCCCAGGUCUUCGUGCCCAUCGGCAGCCAGGACAGCUCCCUUUCCAACUCCCCGUCACCAUCCUUCGGCCAGUCACCCAGCCCCACUUUCAUCCCCCGCUCCGCCCAGCCCAUCACCUUCACCACUGCCUCCUUCGCUGCCACCAAGUUUGGCUCCACCAAGAUGAAGAAGGGGGGUGCGGCAGCAAACGGCGGGGGCAUGGCCGGUGGCGGGGCAAGUGGCCAGCAGCCUCCCCAGCAGCAGCCCCGCAUGGCCCGCUCUCCCACCAACAACCUGCUGAAGCACAAGAGCCUCUCUUUGUCUCUGCACUCGCUGAACUUCAUUGCGGCCAACCCGGCCCCUCAGUCCCAGCUCUCCCCCAAUGCCAAGGAGUUCGUGUACAACGGGGGCUCUCCCAGUCUCUUCUUUGACGGGGCCGAUGGCGGGGGCAGUGGGGCUGGCACGUGCAACAGCAGCGGCUUCGACGUGGCCCAGGUAUUUGGAGGCGGCACCAACAGCCUCUUCCUGGAGAAGACCCCCUUCGUGGAAGGCCUCAGCUACAACCUGAGCACCAUGCAGUACCCCAGCCAGCCCUUCCAGCCGGUUGUGCUGGCCAACUGACCGCCCACCCGCCAUGGGGCCAGGAGCGCCCAAGACCACAGAAAAGAGAAAGGAAAAGAAAGGCCAAAAAAAGAGGAAAAGAAAAAUACACAAAAAGAUUUCCAGUCUUCGCACUCUGGCUUCUAGAAAAAAGAUCCGGUCCAGGCAUGGAGUGGGAGGGGGCUC